UGGAAUCUCGCUAAAACGCCUUGGUUGCUUUGCAAACUGAGCGCGGGUUAGAGGAGGUGACGGUAAUUUGAGAGCUGUUUGAAUCGAGUAGAACAAUAGUCAACCUUCUCAAGUCUUCAAGUCAACAUUCUAGAGUGAAGCAUCAUACCAUACAGAAAUGGAUUUAAAUGCGUCUGAAAGUGAAGCCUCAUACUUAAUGGCUAAAAUAUGGAUUCAGUGUGAUUCUCAAGAUUGUCUAAAAUGGAGACUUGUGCCACAUAAAGAUACAAUUGAUUUAGAUCGUAAAAAGCCAUGGUACUGUCACAUGAACCAAGAUCCAUUUUAUAGCCACUGUUCUGUUCCUGAGGAGAAGUUUCCUAAUGAGGCAGACCUUCGUGAACAUGGACUUAAGUUUGUCUAUUCAAAACUUCCGGUGGGGAGUCUGGUAAUGAUUAAGGCAAGCAAAUGGCCAAGAUGGCCUGCUAUUCUGUGUCCCGAUCCUUGUUCUGGAAAUUAUCUGCACUUUGGUUUAGACGGACAUAUAGAAGAAUACCAUGCUGAAUUUCUGGGAAAUCCUCACUCAAGGUUUUGGGCUUCAGUGAAACACAUUGAUCAUUUCCAUAUACCAACAGUUGAGCCAAAAAAUUUGAAGGGCCUGAAGAAGUCUUAUGAAGCUGCUUUAGAAGAAGCCAAAGAUAUCCAGGGUCUUAAAUGUGAAGAGAGGCUUCAGAUGUGCCACUUCCGUGUUCCAGAAGGCAAGUUCUGUUAAAGGAAUUCUAUUUUGUGUCAGUAAAAAAAACAAUUUCAAGGUUUUUAAUUGAU